AAGUAUUCCCAUUAGCUUUACAAACAGCCAUUGGUGAACAAAACUAUUUUACCUACUUAUGAUUUUCAUUGAUGAAAAGCUGAUAUCGAAAAGUUGAAAUGGUUGUUGCAUUUCCAGGAGAUGAGACAGGUUGUAGCUCCAUUUGAUAUAAAGGAUUUUUUAUAAAAACUUAAUUGACGUUUUUGUUGAGAAUGUAAAAUCAGCUGUCUAUAAACUAUUGUGAAUAACAACCAAAUUAUUUGGUAAUGGAUCACUGAAUUGUUAAAACCAUUAGUAGAAAAGUAAGAGGAAGUAUAAUUACGAAGAAGAAUUAAAUCUGAGGAAAUGAAGAGACGUGUGAUUGUCAAGAAGUUGCACAAACGGUAAUGCUUUGGCUAAAGAGGUGGAGAAUUCAAAAUAUGUAUUAUUUUUAACCUUGCAUCAGAUUUCUACAUGUCAAUCAAUACCUAUGUACAUAGAUGUUACCACCUAAAUCAUUUUUCGAUUAACAAAUAUAUUUGUAUUAUUACUGUUCUGUACGUCUGAAUAUAUAAUAUAUAUUCUACUAAUUGAGACAACAAUGGUCGUGGAGAAAAAGCUUGCAACCAGCAAUUCUAAACGGUCCAUCGAUGAUGGUUCGCCUACAAAAUACACGUACACUGGACGAGUGUUGGAAUUGAUUGAGGCCUAUAAUGUUGCUGUACAAAUUUUAUAUCCGAAAUAUCCCUGGUACAUAUUCCCAGGACAUCUGAUCUUUGCAAUUUAUAAACGCUAUAUGAAAUUUUAUAAGGGUAAAUUUCGUAUGGUACCCAUACCAAAUGCUUUAUACGAAUUUUUAAUUGCCAAUGAACUCAUAAAAACGGAGCAUAUCGCCUUUACACCAAAAGAUGUAUAUGAUGAGUAUGUAGAAUCAGCAGAUGUCAAUUUAGUCAAUUUGGUUAUAAAUGCUGAGAACGCCCUACAUAGCACAUCCAAAAUGACCAAUACGAAAAAUGUAAAUCAUACGUCUGACGAUGUUAUUAAACAAAUGCUUAGCAGUGCGCCACAUACAAUCGUCGCACAGAUACUGCCAACUGUUAACUGUCAAUCGAAUUGUAUAUUUGUUAAAGAGAAUUUCUAUUCUAAUUUAAUGGAUCGGUUUCGUGUAACCAAUGAUUGCAGCCAACGAACACGCUUCUGGGUACAUUUAGAGCACUUAAAUGAUGAGCAAACGAUUCCAAGCAUUGCUAGCAAAGCGCAUGUCUAUUUGUUAAAUAGUCCAUACGAUUUACCUACCGAAGUGUCCGAAUUAAUACUUAAUAAUUACUUCAACACGCCUCGACUACUACAUCGUGGGCACACAUAUCGAAUUGAGGUUGACGCUCAUCUGGUGGGCACUGCAGCGUACGCACAUUAUUAUUUAAUUUUUGCUUACUUGAAGUGUAUUUAUUUCCGAUGUGCCCAUCUGGAGGUAAAAGGCAAUGCUUUUGAGAUGCAAGCAAUUGUUGCUAAGAACUUCACCAACCUGGUACAAGUGCCACAUACUCAUCAUUUUAUACCACGACAGCUAAUAGACAAUAUAGCAAUUACGCAUAAUUAUCCCACUGGUUUGAGACGUUCAUAUCACUUAUUACGUAACUCAAUUGAUGCUUUUUUGCCUAAGAAGACUGCAUGUUUGUCCUCCAAGCAUAUUUAUCCUUUAUUUCUCUUGCAAGGCGAAAGGGGCGCUGGCAAAACGAAAUUAACUAAUGCGGUUGCUCAAGAGUUAGGCCUACACUUGUUUGGAGUUGACUGUGCUGAAAUAGUAUCACAAGUACCAUCUCAUACAGAAAUGAAAUUAAAAACUGUUUUCGCAAAAGGUAGCAUUAGUGAACCCCUUCUUAUAUGCUUUCAUAACUUUGAGAUAUUUGGUAUCGAUAAUGAAGGAAAUGAAGAUUUACGCUUAUUAUCCGCAUUUCAAGUGCAAAUUCAUGAAUUAUUUGCCCACGACCGCAAGCACCCAAUUGUUAUUGUCGCUUUGACAAAUGAAAAGUUUCUCAAACCCAUGAUUCAACGACUUUUCUUAGAAGUUAUAUACUUGGAGACACCAACCAAAGACGAACGCUAUAACAUUUUAUGUUGGUUACACACUCGUGAAUUAUUCAACGAUACGAUUUUCAAUAAGAGGGAUAUUUCUUCUGUACCACUAUUCAGUUUAGAGCAGCGAGAUCGUUAUAUGAAACAAAUUUCAGAGAAAUGGUGGAAUGUGAAAUCAAUUUUGCGAGAAGUUGCCGACAAAUCACAAGGUUUCUUAUUAGGCGAUUUGGAAAUGUUGUAUGAAAAUGCGGUUCGCGCUUUGCGCAAAUGUCGAGAGACUAAAUCAAAAUCGUGUCUUAAAUUGAUGCACUUCUCCAAACACCUUAGUGAAAUGCAAAACUCUUUUGCUAAUAGUCUUGGUGCACCUAAAGUACCCAAAGUACUUUGGUCUGACAUAGGUGGCCUAUCCAAACUUAAAGAUGAGAUUCAAAGCAGUAUCGGCUUGCCAUUGAAACAUAUGCAUUUAAUGGGUAAGAAUUUAAGACGUUCAGGAAUAUUACUGUACGGUCCACCAGGAACAGGCAAGACAUUGGUUGCCAAAGCAGUUGCGACCGAAUGCAAUAUAAGUUUUCUAUCAGUGCAGGGACCGGAGCUACUAAAUAUGUAUGUCGGACAAAGUGAACAAAAUGUACGUGAGGUGUUUGAACGCGCUCGUUCCGCAACUCCUUGUGUACUGUUUUUGGAUGAACUUGAUUCUUUAGCACCGAAUCGUGGAGUUGCUGGUGAUUCUGGUGGUGUUAUGGAUCGAGUUGUGUCUCAAUUACUUGCUGAAAUGGAUGCUCUUGGUGAUGCUACAAAGCCUGUAUUCAUAUUAGCUGCCACAAAUCGUCCAGAUCUUAUUGACCCGGCAUUACUACGUCCAGGUCGUUUUGAUAAGCUAUUCUAUGUGGGUCCAUGUACAACAACCGACGAUAAAGCUGCUGUUUUGCGUGCACAGACACAGCGUUUUAACUUGGCUAAAAACCUGAAUUUGAAUGACAUUGCUGAAUAUCUCAAAGGAGACAUGUCUGGUGCAGAUUUAUAUUCAAUUUGUUCGAAUGCUUGGCUAUCAGCAGUUAGACGUACUGUUGUUAAUCAUCUCAAAGAAAAUAUAAGUACUGAAAUUCUAGCAGCUGAUAAGGUACUUGUGGAGAUGGACGAUUUCACGAAGUCUUACAGCAAAUUUGUACCAUCAAUUAGUAAAACCGAUUUGGAUUAUUUUAAUCAAUUGAAGUCGUCAUACGAAAAUUGUGUGAUUCCCCUUGAGUGAGAUUAUGAAGACUAGGCCACAUAUGAACUAACUGUGCAAAUUCGACAUGUCUCCAAAUUUUUCAAACCAACAUUUCGAUAUCUGUUCAUAUGUUGGUCAAGUGAAUUACAAUAUAUUUAGUUUUACUACUAAAGCAA